AUCUCAUCUCCCAAAAACGAAAAACCCCUAAUUUUCUUCUCCUCUCAGAAAUUUGCCCUAAAAAUUUCUCAAUCCAAAGAUUAGUCAAUCCUCCUUUCUCUCAAUCAACCAAUUUCCAAGUUUUUCAGCUCAUCUAAUCGAUGGCGGAGACUUUAAAACCACUUACAAGUGAAGCAAUUGCUCUUACAGAGAAGAAGAUGGAUAUGACAUUAGAUCAAAUUAUCAAGAUGACCAAGAAACCAACACAGAGAGGACCUAAAAAUCACCGACUUCCUAAUAAAAUCCAGAGAUUUGGUCUUGGUAGUCUCCAAGGGCAUGGUGGUAGAGGGAACACUUUGAAAGUGAGGCAGUUCAUGGAUUCUAGGUCAUCUCUUCGACAGGGAGCACUUGCUCAGAGAAGGUCAAGUUUCCAAGGGAAUAACCAUUUUCCUUUAGCUGCUGAGGUUGCGAAGAAAGCUGGAGCAGCUCCUGCUCGCAAUAUUAGACCUGUUAACCGUACCAGGCUGGGUAACUGGAAUAAGCAAAGGACUGGAGCUCCACAAUCAAUUCAGAGGACUGCUGAAGUAGGCUUUGUCAAUAAGCAACACCAAGGACAAUUCCAGUUUCAGGCAAGGAUGGUUGCGCAACCAAGGCAGAAGGGUACUCUAGACUCCUUAUUUGCAAACAUGAAGGAACAGAGGAUGAGAAUGCAGUCUCAGCAGAAUAAUACUGCUGGACGGCGUGGAGGAUUUGCGAGACGUUCCCCACAACAGCAGCAGAGGUCAGGCCGUGGGAGGAAUUACUAUGCCAACUGAUUCAUUCCGCCCAGGAGAAAGCUACACUUAAAUAGGUUGUCUUGCAACAGUUCAGUUGAUUAUGAAGACCUCUUGAAGACUAUUGCGCUGCAAAAGCAUCAUCUGAUGGAUAAAAGUGAUUAUUUGGAAUCUGUUUCAAACUUUAGCUCUUAUGAUAUUCUUCACUUUAUAGUAGUUGGUAGUUUUAAACCCCCGAAUCUGAGCUGCAUCUCUGGGAAUAUAUGUAAAAUAGCUUGAGACAUGAAUGGUUACUGGAUUCAGAACCGGGCUGUUGAUUAAUUUUUUCCUUUAAUGUCUGGAAAUGUAAAUACUUUUCUUUCCCAAGGAGUAGAGUUGGCUGUCA